CACUGUACGCGCCGCUUAUUCAUCCUUCACUCCUCCUCCCGCCGUGACUCUUGAGGUUUCUCUCUCCACGUUUUUUCAUUUCAAUUUUUUUUUUGUUUUGAAAUUCAGGCCCUUUUGAUAGAGUUUAAGUUUUGGGCCAGCCCAUAAUAUAUUGGUUUUUGUAUGGAGGCAUCCAUCUAAUUCGACUCCCAACUUUCCAACUCAAACCCUACCAGAUUCUAUCUUCCGUCCACUACCUCCUUCUUCUCCAUCCACCAUCGAAAUCAAGGCAAAAUAAAGUAGAUGGCUGGUGCAUUUUGGGCGACACGUGUGCUGGAGAAAGUGAAGAAGCAUGAUUCUGGAGGACUCCUCUGGAAGAGAAUCAAACUCACCACUACCCGUAAAGCCAAUGCCAAGAAGCGUCUUCUCCGUGUGUGGCAGAAUGAAGCUGUUCUCAAGGCAUGUUCUGAACCAGCUCCUUCAGUAAGUUCUUCUCCCGCCGCCAACAAUGUUGCAAAGAGUAGUUAAAGUUAAAGGGUAUCUCCACUUAAAGGUUCUUCCAACCGUAUUUCGGGUUCCCAAUUCUGUAUUAGUUUUUGCUCAGGAAGUUGAAAAACUGUAGCAGGAUGCUUCAAUUAACCGAUGGUUUUAACUUUCUUACAAAAACCACUUUGUACGUUGUAACCUUUUUAGAGCGCAUAAGGUGGAAAUCCAUUACACCUUUUUAGAGGUAUUUUAAUCUGAAUUUAGUUCAUUUAAUACAGAAUAUUUAUUGCA